UUUCAACUCUAGAUCAAAGCUUCAACUUCAACUAUCCCAUCCCAUCUCGAAUUGCUAUUCCAAACCGCUACUCGGCAUACCGAAUUUACGAAUAACCAAGGGUUGCAUUGCCAUAAGAUAUCUCGAGUAGAAUCGGUAGUCGAGCACUAAGCUCCCAGCGACAAUGGCAUCUCGACUGCCGGCCCGCUGGGCAGCCGCAGCCUCCCUCGCCAAAAGCUGCUUGCUGGGCAACACCCGAGUCCUUAUUACCGAGAGCCACACGCUCCUCCCUCGAACUUCUAAACGCGGUGUCAAGUAUGGCUGGUCGACGGCCAACCCCCGCACAAAACCUAGGCGCUUCAAUCAACAGACCGCCGGUCUGCCCGCGCCCACGACGGGCCCCGCAGCGGCUUUAGAGCGCAAGGCCAUGUCGACGCCGCUGCGGACGGGUAUCCUGGCUACCAAGAAGGGCGUCUCGGCCAUGUACAGCGCGAACGGCAAGCGCACACCUUGCACAAUCCUGCAGAUGGACCAAGUACAAGUCGUCGCUGUGAAGACCCGCGCCAAGAAUGGUUACUGGGCUCUCCAGAUAGGCUGUGGUCAGAAGGAGGCCGACAACGUCACUGCGCCGCAGCUGGGCUACUUCGAGGCCAAGGGCAUUGCACCCAAGCGCCACCUCUCCGAGUUCAAGGUGCGCGGUGAGGAGGGACUGUUGCCCGUCGGCGUGCAGCUCCAACCGGAUUGGUUUAAGGUCGGCCAGUUCGUCGAUGCUAGGAGUGAUAGUCGAGGUAUGGGUUUUGCGGGUGGUAUGAAGAGGCACGGCUUCGCUGGUCAGGAGGCCAGCCACGGUAACUCCAAGAAUCACAGGACGAUCGGUACGUCGGGUCCCAGUCAAGGCGGUGGUUCGCGUGUGCACCCGGGCAAGAAGAUGCCGGGGCGUAUGGGUGGCGAGAGAGUCACGAUUCAAAACCUGAGAGUCCUGAAGGUGGACAACGAGACGGGCAUCGUGGUGGUGAACGGGCACGUGGCGGGGCCUAAGGGGUGCAUAGUGAAACUAGCGGACGCUGUCAAGAAGGAACCGCCAGCGCACACGUUCAUCGAGAAGGCCAGAAGGCUGAUGCUAGAGCGGAAUCCAGACCACGAGACGCUGUUACAAGAGGCGCGGCUAACACAUCUAAACUUAAAGGAGAUGAGAAAGACGGGCAGGAUACGAGAUACUGCGGCAUUGGCGGCUGCAUUGUAGAAUAUAUAUACACUACAUUUGUACCAUAUACAAUAAUGAUGUACACGUCUCUCGAUCCUAAUGAAGAGUAUGCUGGGGUUGCAGGCCGUCCACUCUGCUGACUUAUGCGCAGCCUUUCCCGUCACCUUUGGCGCCAAACUAGAAGCGAUAUGUUUCUAAUAUCGCCUAGUUAUUUAGUAGGUUUACUCGUACCCAAGCAUUUAACAGCUACGCGUAGAGCAUUCUUCCACCGCUCAAACCCAGUAUUGCCCUCUGGAAUCUAACACCAACAGCAGCAGCAUCUAAAAGGGACGCAUGCGACGAC